GCAUCAUUUACCACCAAUCCACAUACAAGAUAGUUCAAUCAAUUUAUUGUUGAAUUUUUACAUACUUUUUUUUUUCAUAAUUUAACUUUCCUCAUCUUUUUAAAUAGAUAAACAUGGCUUCAGCAAUCUUCAUUUUGGACCUUAAGGGCAAAGUUCUCAUUUCUCGUAAUUAUAGAGGUGAUAUUCCUAUGAGUGCAGUAGAGAAAUUCAUGCCUUUGAUUUCUGAAGCUGAAGAUGAACAAAUUCCAUUACCUUGUUUCACACAUGAAGGCAUCAAUUAUUUAUAUCUCAAACAUAGCAAUCUUUAUCUCUUGGCUAUCACUCGAAAAAAUACAAAUGCGGCCUCCAUCAUGCUUUACCUUCACAAAUUGACAGAAGUCUUUACAGAAUAUUUUAAAGAGCUAGAGGAGGAAUCGAUUCGAGAUAAUUUUGUUAUUGUUUAUGAACUUUUAGAUGAAAUGAUGGAUUUCGGUUAUCCUCAAACGACAGAAACAAAGAUUUUACAAGAAUAUAUUACUCAAGAUGCGCAUAAACUGGAAGUGCAAGUACGCCCACCUAUGGCUGUUACAAAUGCUGUAUCAUGGCGUUCAGAAGGUAUUAAAUAUAAAAAGAAUGAAGUCUUCUUGGAUGUUAUUGAGAGUGUUAAUCUAUUGGUGAAUGCCAAUGGCAAUGUAUUAAGAAGUGAAGUUUUGGGUGCUAUAAAAAUGAGAUGUUAUUUAUCUGGUAUGCCUGAAUUACGUUUAGGUCUUAAUGAUAAAGUUAUGUUUGAGGCAACUGGAAGAGGUAAUUCAUCUACAAAGGCUAUUGAGAUGGAGGAUGUUAAGUUUCAUCAAUGUGUUCGUCUAUCUCGUUUCGAAAAUGAUCGUACUAUUAGUUUUAUUCCGCCAGAUGGUGAUUUUGAAUUGAUGAGCUAUCGUCUCCAGACAACGGUUAAACCACUUAUUUGGGUAGAGGCAGUUGUCGAGACCUAUUCAGGAUCCCGUGUUGAAUACCUUGUGAAAGCUAAAGCUCAAUUUAAACGUAAAAGCAGUGCUAAUAAUGUUGAAAUAGCAGUGCCUGUUCCUGAUGAUGCAGAUACACCUAAAUUCAAGUGUAGUAAUGGUUCAGUAUCCUAUAAACCAGAAAGAUCAUGUUUAGUUUGGAAAAUUAAACAAUUCCAAGGAGGAAAAGAAUUUAUUAUGCGUGCACAUUUUGGUUUACCAUCUGUUCAAGCAGCUGAGGAUACUGAAAAGAAGCCGCCUAUCAAUAUUAAGUUUGAAAUCCCAUAUUUCACUGUAUCCGGUAUUCAAGUUCGAUAUUUAAAGAUCGUUGAAAAGAGCGGAUAUCAAGCCUUGCCAUGGGUUAGAUACAUUACUCAAAAUGGAGAUUACCAAAUGAGAAUGCCUGAAUCUAUCAAAGCAGCUAAACAUAAUUCUAUGAAUGAUUAUUAAACUUUGCCUAUUUGAUAGCAUUAUUAUUAUUAUUAUUAUUAUUAUAUGCAGCAUAUAACCAUUUACAUACGCUCACUGAUUCUUAAAAGAUGAGAAAGAAAAGUAAAUAAAAAAAGUACAUGAAACAUAAUCUGAUAUAUAAC